AUGAUCGCGAAGAACAAUGACAAUCUCUCUGCGAUAGAGGUUGCCGCGAAGUCGUAUAUUGUUAUAAAGACGAAGCUGCUGCCAAUAGCGCAACAGGCGGACACCCGAUUGCCACAGAGCCUUACCACCAAAGCCACCCAGGCGAUGCACCAGAUGGUGAAAGCCAAAUUUUCUGCCAUUGACAAUAAGGACCUCCCCAGCACUGUCGACAUCUGCAAGAUUUACGCCGAUCUAAACAAUGUUCGGGUCGUGAGGAGGCUGGAGCUCAUCAACGACCUCCUCCGAGUGAUCGUGUCUUCCCGGUCUGAGUUAGGGGCCGAAUCCGUUGAGGAUCAAUUGGACGACCUAGUGGAAUGCUGGAAACACUUUUCAGGCUUGAGGCGCGUCAAAAGCGGCAUGGCCUCGCAUGCGGAGUUCUGGAUUACCUCGAGACCAGACAUGCGGGGCACGGAGGAGCCUGCCAAGCUCUUCCGCCUGCUCUUCCCUCUGUUUGCGCUCAACGAGCUGCGCGGCCUCACCCCCGCGCUCGUGACGACGUUCGUCCUGCUCUCCGAGCCCAAGCAUGCGUUGAGCAUGGCAAAAGAGGAGGCGCAGCCUUUGCUGGAAGCAUUGGACCCCAUCGUGAAGCGAUUCGGCCCGGAGGAGCUCCAGCCAUUCUUCGAUGGCUAUCCGGAACUAUGGAACUACGUCCAGCCCAGGGCGGAUUGGCGGGUUACUCGAACGGCACCAGAAGCCUUGAAGGAUUCAAAUGCACCUGCUGUUGGGAAUUCGAGUCACACUCCGGCCGAGGGGCGUUUCUCAUAUGUUCUCUGGCACAACCGCUUCAACGUGGCUUUUCGUUCGCCUGGCCUCACAGUGGCGAGGGAGACGUGGAGGGAUCUCAUCGACCCUGCCAACGACGAAAUGCGGGCCUUGAGACUCCGUCGCGCCCCCGAGUUGUUUGACUACAUCUUGUUCCUCGCCUGCAGCAAAAAGGAGGAGGGCGUCUCCCAACUGACUUCGGAAGUACUGGCGUACAUGAAAGACCUUGGACUCGCACCCUCGGUAAGGACCUACACGUCUAUGAUGAAUGGCUGGAAGCAGGCCAGGAAGCUGGAUCCGAUCGAGCAUCUGUGGGCCACGAUCACGCGGUCGCCUCUGAAGCUAGACGAGCAGAUCUGGUCGGUCAGGAUAGCCGCACUUGGUCAACUAGGCCCAGAGAGAGCAGGCCUCGCCGCCUUGAAAGAGAUGGAGAGCCUGUGGGACGCGGAAGUCAAGAGCGGCAAACCGAUCAAAGCGGACGAGCCUGGGAUCGCGGGUCCGAAGGCGGUCAAGCCUGGGAUCGCGAGUGUGAACGCGGCCAUCUCUGGGCUGCUGAUGCGAAACCGCAUGGAUGUGAUAUACGCGGUGCUGAAAUGGGCGACGAGCAGGGGCUUGGAACCAGAUAUCUACACCUACAACAUGCUCCUCUCUCAGAUGCUCAAGAAGGGCGCUUCCGAGAAGGUGGACGCGCUUCUUUCCAGUAUGAAGGCGACGGGUGUGGAGCCCGACGCGGCCACCUUCACCAUCAUUCUUGAAGCAGCCUUUACAGGCCUCCACAAGCAGACGCCACGUGAGCAGCGAGAGGCUAUCGACGGAGUCUUCGCGGAGAUGGCUGCCUGUGGUAUCAAGCCCAGCCAGGAGGCAUUCGCCAAAAUGCUAUACGUCCUUGUCCGACAAGGCGCCGCUGCGGAUCACGCGAUCAACAUCGUUCUCGGCCACCUGCGCAGGAGCGGCCUACAACCCUCGACGGAGAUUUGCACGAUCCUGGUCGAGCACUACGCCAACCGCGAGCAGCCAGACCUCGACUCCCUUCGCGCCCUCGUAGCCGACCGUCGCUCACGCACCCGCGCGCUAAUGGACCGCGUCUUCUGGGAGAGCGUCAUCAAACACUACCACCGCGUCGGCGACCUCUAUGGCGCGCUGGAGAUCGUGUACGACCUUGAUGACUGGGGCAUCUGGCCCGCCCUCCCGCUUCUUGAGCCCCUGCUGCGGUCGCUGAUUUCCAAGCGAGACUGGGACGGCGCCCAGAAGCUAGUUUCGACUGUCGUCAAGCAGCCACGGCCCCAGGCAAAGGACAGACGGGAACGGUACUGGAAGCAUGGUUUUUGGGCUGCUGCCAAGGAUUACGAUUUAAUAAGCGGCCUGUAG